GCUUUAUUUCCAAGUAGUCUGCUCUGAGCUCCAUGACUCAGGGCAGUCCAGAAUCUUCCGGUCAGGCAAAAUGGGCACAGUGGUGUCUGUCCUGCUGUCCCUGCUACUCCUUCUGGGUCCUGCAGUCCCUCAGAAGACCCAAGCUGGGCCUUACUCUCUGAGCUUCUUCUACACUGGGCUGUCCAAGCCCAGGGACGGCUUCCUCAGCUUCCAGGCCACGGCCUACCUCAAUGACCAGGAUUUCUUUCACUAUGACAGUGAAGAUAGGAAGGCCAUACCCUCGUACCCCUGGAGCCAGAUGGAAGGAAUAGAGGACUGGGAGAACGAGAGUGAACUUCAGAAGGCCAGGGAGGACAUCUUCAUGGUGACCCUGAAGGACAUCAUGGACUAUUACAAGGAUACAGAAGAGGCUCACACCUUUCAGGGAAUGUUUGGCUGUGAGCUCCGGAAUAACAAAAGCAGUGGAGCAUUCUGGAGGUACGCCUACGAUGGAAGGAACUUCAUCGAGUUCAACAAAGAAAUCCCAGCCUGGGUCCCCCAGGACCCAGCAGCUCUGAACACCAAGCAGAAGUGGGAGGCGGAAAAGGUCUACGUGCUGCGGGCCAAGGCCUAUCUGGAGGAAGAGUGCCCAGCGAUGCUGCGGAGUUACCUGCAAUACAGCAAGAUCCACCUGGACCGACAAGAUCCCCCCACCGUGUCCAUCACCAGCCACUGGACCCCAGCAGACUCACUCAAGUGCCGAGCCGAUGGCUUCUACCCACGAGAAAUUGAGCUGCACUGGAUUCAGGGGGACGAUACACAGGAGGCUGAGGGGGGAGACGUUGUUCCCAGCGGAAACAGCACUUACCAGUCCUGGGUGGUGAUGUCAGUUUCCCCGCAGGACAGAGCCUCCCGCUCCGGCUCCGACUCCUACUCCUGCCGCGUGAAGCACAGCAGCUUGGCCCAGCCCCUCACUGUGCUGUGGGCGGGAGCGAGGGCUGAAGGCUCCGAGGGCACCCGGGGGCAGUAGCCACCCCUCCUGCGGGACAGGAGAGACGAGCUCUAGAGGCCAGGGGUCAGGUGGUGGAUUCAGGGACACAGAAGCCUAGAAUGCCGGCCACGGAGCUGACUCACGGCUCAGUUGUCUUGCAAAACCCCCUUAAUCUAAUCUGUGAAUCAAAUCAACAGUAAUCACCUUGCCUAGCACACAAUGUAGAAAAGCAUUUUUUUAAACAGAGAUGAUACAAAAAUGGGAGUAGAUGUUACCCUUCAUCCUGUGCUUCUAAGCCUUCGAUUCAUCUGAAAUUCUUGGUAUCGACUUAAAGCAACGUUUACAGGGCAUCCUGCCCUGGGGGGUCCACUGUAGCAUGGCGUGGACCGUCUGGUCCCUUGCGCCUUGUUCAGGAGCCCACUGUGGAUGUCCCCUCUGUUGUGAGGUCGUAGAACCUCUUUAAUACAACCCACGCCUCUUCUGUGCCUCAGUUGCCCAGACCUGCCUCCUCCCAGUGAGCAGCCACCCUCCAUUCCAGGUUCCCACACCUUCUGGUCUUGGAGCCGCCACAGACCCUAGCUCAUCUGAGAGGCUUCCUCCCUCCAGGACGCACUCCCAGGAAAACAGGAAUCAGAUGUUCUUGGACUCCCUCCAAA